AAUUCUAGAUGCCACCGAGAAAAAUGAAUUGUUGGACCAUACCGAUUUCGACUUGGAUGACUUGUUCCCAGAGUAUAACUUAAGCAUCGGGGACGCCGCUAAACUGCUUCUACCGAUGCUGAAAAAUCAUACUGAAGAAAUACUGGAUACAGAUUACAUCGACAUCCCUGACGAAAAUGUCACUGAAAUGGAUAAAGGAGACAUUGAUAAGAUAUUAGAUUUUAGCAAUUUAGACGCGAAUCCAAAAGGAAUACCCGCAGCGCGUGAAGUUUAUGAUCUACUUGAAAGGCAGUCGGUGCGUGUUGUCAAAAGACAAAUCAUAAACACGACGAGAACUUUACGCAAUCAAAUACUGUUAAAUAAUUCUAAACGUUCAAUACAAGAUCUCACAGAUAAUGUACUCCAUCCACUUUUAGCAUUUAUCAACACAAAGCGCAAUGAACUUCAAGAAUUAGAAAACAUGAGAGACUAUUUGCAAGAAUAUAUUCGUAUGUACAUAAGAAACGAAACGUUUUUAAAAAUUAAUAAAACUCUACUAGAAAACUUGACAAAGGCUUAUGUAGCUUUUUACAAAAUGGAGAUUUUACCAGAAAUUCAAAAGACUUCGGCUCAAAAUAAACUUUUAAGUUUGAAUGAUUACGAAUCUAAAUUAGAGAGAGACAUCUACGAAGUAAUCAGCGAUAUUAUUGGUAUACAAGAACAAUCCAAUUACAAAGAUCUACCUGAAAACUUAAACAUAUUAAUUCAAGCUAUGAAAUAUUAUAUUCAUAAACAAGGAAAAGUGCAUGUCAUGAAAGAAUUUCACAAAAUCACUGAAAACAAUAUGAAUAUGUACAAGAAAUUUAUUGAGGAAAAUUCAAAUGAAUUUGCUGUGUCUUCAGCUCCUAGUGUAAUUAAACAAGUACUCAUCGUGAUAGAUAAGGAAAUGCCUCGUUCCAAUGCUUUAGCACCAUUGUCUACAGGAGCCAAGAAAAUACUGAAUCGUUUAGUAAAUUACGAUUUUGUAGAAAAAUACAAUUUAAAAAAUCGAAGCAUCCCAAAGCCACAAUACAAUAUGGCAAAUGACUUAAAAGAUGUUGGAAUCAAAUGGUAUAAGAUGACGAGAGGCAUUGCAUCCAGUCGCCUCUCUGAUCGUCUUUACAGCAUGAAGUUGCUACAUUUAGAAAUAUCCAAAGAUAUCGCCAAAAUUAAUGAUGCUUUAACUUUUAUACAGAACUCACAGACAAGACGUUUUAUGUUAUUCGAUAAAGACAACAGCGAACGCUAUGCCUCAAGAAUCGGAGAGGAUAUAAAAAUCGUAUAUGUUAAGCUGCAAGAAAUUUUAAAACAACAAAAUGAGGUCAAUGUCAAAAAGUUUGUGCCGGUAGCUGUAACAACACGAAAACCAAAAUCUAAAAAGAAAUCUUUCUUACAACAAGUAAAAAAAAUACUAAAACAAUCGAAGAAAGACUUCAGUAAUGUUUUCAAAAAUAAUUUCAAAGACGAUUUGUCAAAACAAAUUCAAGAUAUUAAAUGGCAAAAGGAAACAAAAGGGAUAUUAAACAGAAUCAAAAGAUCAAACACUGCUUUCAAUAAAGCAAUAAGGCGGAUGAAAAAUAUAAUACCUAAUUAUUUAAAAAGAAAAUUUAAUGGGGCUAAAAACUUAAAAACUGUCACGAAAAAACUGUAACUGUUAUAAAGUUUGACUCUUAUAUUAUUAAGAGACAAACGAGCACUGCUAUCCGAAACAUCAGAGGAAAAUUAGAAUUACUAAAAUUAGACUUUAACUUCGAAAAUAAAAAAAUAUAUAUAUAUU